AUGAGUAAAGCCGAUGUAGUAAAUAAAAUUCAUAGAAAUGUUAGGGUGAAUUUCCCACGUAGAAAUGUUAUUACGAAAGAUAUAGAUGAUUUAUGGCAAGCAGGCUUAAUUGAUAUGCAAUCAGUUUCUAAGGAAAACAAAAACUUCAGAUUUAUUCUUACCGUUAUUGAUACAUUUUCGAAAUACGCUUGGGCUUUUUCAAUUAAGACUAAAAGUAAAGAGGACGUAUGCUAUAAUUUUAUGAAGCUCCUAAAAACACGUGUAACCAAAAAUCUACAAACCGACAAUGGAACAGAAUUUUAUAACGAUAAGUUUAAAAAAAUUAUGAGUUCUUAUAAUAUUAAUCAUUACUCAACCUUUUCAACAAAGAAGGCUUCCAUAGUUGAACGAUUUAUUCGAACUUUGAAAUCUAAAUUGUAUAAAGCAUUUAGUUUACAGGGUAAUUAUAACUGGAUAGGCGAUACUCUUAAUAAUGUUAUUUACUAA